AUGGACCAAGAAGCUAACCUCCGCAAACUUGCAAACACCGAAGUUGUACGCGAGAUCCUACCCACAGAAUAUCUGCCAGUGUUGACAAAUCCUCCUUUUGUCUGGAUCGAGGGCACAUUCAACAGUCGUGACCUCGGCGACAUCCCGAGAAGCCCGCUCCGGAACAACUUUGUUUACCGGUCUGGUGGGCUGGCUCGGCUCACGGAGCAGGGAAAAGAAGCCGUCACGGCUCUGGGCAUCAAACGCAUUUUUGACCUGCGGUCUCCAGAAGAAAGGGGCCAUGCACCCGAUCCAGACAUUGAAGGUGUCGAGAAUACGUGGAUACAGAGCCUUCGGCCAGAUAGCGCGCCGGAUUUGACCAAGUUCAUUUCUGGCAAGGGAGAAGCAGGCUACGAGGACAUGUACUUGGAGGUCAUUGACGUCUAUCAGCCUGCUUGGAGGGCCGUACUCGAACACGUGAGGGAUCGGCCAAAGGACGCUCUUUUGGUGCACUGCACUGCUGGGCGUGAUCGAACUGGCGUCAUCUCGGGUCUGCUGUUGACCCUUGCCGGCGCCUCACCUGAUGUUGUCUCGCUUGACUAUAUGUUGUCGCGCAUUGGAACCGAGCCUGUACGCGAGACCUUGCUUCAGUUUGCUCUGGCAGGAGCCAAGGCUGAGAGUGUCGAACAGCCAGGGUUCCAGAACCUGUGCGAAUUGCGAGAGGAAAGUUGGAAUGCAUUCGUCAAGGGUGUUGAAAGGAACUUUGGUGGAUUUGACAAGUUUGUUACCGGCCCCUUGGGCUUCACUGAGGGCGAUUUGGCCAAGAUCAAGGCAAACUUGAUCAAAGCGUAG